UGAGUUUAUAUUUGGAGGCAGGAUCAGACUUGUGUAAAUCAUUGAGCAGCCUCUUUUUGCACAGUUCCUUCUGUGUAUUAUAGUGUUGCAGUCUCCAGUUUCUUCUUCUGUUUGGCAGUUCAGGGUAAUGAGGAUAAAAUGCACGUAAUAACCAGAAGCUGUGUCCUAUUUUUCUGGAUGCACACGCUGACCUUCGUCAAAAGUCAAGAACCUCUCCCAGAUUGUACACUUAGAGAUUUUCGAAAUGGGCCCUUGUUUGAUUCCAAUUUCGACACAACUGGUCUGGAGGCCAGUUACAUCGGCGGGAGACAAAUAAGAGUGACCUGCAAUAUUGGUUACAGUGGUUUUUUCAAACUGCUCUGUGUCGAGGGUAAAUGGCAGUCGAGAGGCACGAAAUGUCAACCGAGGUCAUGCGGUCAUCCCGGUGACACCCCGUUUGCCGAUUUUCAACUGGCGGUAGGAGAUGAUUUCGUCUUUGGAUCACAAGUUCUAUACACCUGCCAAAAGGGUUAUCAAAUGGUCAGUCGGACUAGCCACCGGCGUUGCUUGGCACAAGGCUGGGAUGGCGUUGUACCUACGUGUGAAGCCCAACAGUGCCCAGUGAUCCACGUGAGCAACAACGUGCAGGUGAUCGGGGACCCGGAGGAAGCAAACUUUGGCAACGUUGUUCGAUUCAGCUGCAAGUCCAACUCGGAGAUCCUGAGUGGGUCACAAGAGAUCUACUGUAAUGAAAACGGAGAGUGGAGCGGAGAAGCUCCGACAUGUAAAGCGAUAAAUUGUCCGGUACCUGUGAUUGAAAAUGGCAGAGUGCGUGGAGACAUCCAAGAGUACAAGGAAGAUGACUUAUUGCAUUUCCAGUGCAAUCCUGGAUUCCAGCCCACUGAAGACAGACCCUCAAGAUGCACAAAACUCGGGUUAAGAGCCGAGUGGAGCCCCACUCCUGCAUGUGAACCAAACGCAGCGAUAACAUGCAAACUGCAACUGCCGUCACUCCAUGGAACCGAGUAUCACCCUUCUUACAAAAGCGUGUUUUCACCUGGGGACAGAGUCACAGUGACAUGUGGACAGAGACACUGGAUUUCUGACCAACUGCAGAGAUCAGCAGUGGUCUCAUGCCAAAAUGAUGGACAGUGGUCUCUCAGACCCAUAUGCCAAGAGGUUACAUGCAGCAAUCGACGAGAUCCGCUCGUGGAUAGGUGGGACAACUACUGGAGACAACAGAAGAAAUUGGGGGAUGAGGUUGGAUAUCGGUGCACAACAGGCUACAAGAGAACGGGUGGUGCCACCAGGGCCACGUGCAACAGAGCGGGCUGGACACCAAAUCCAUUUUGUGAAGCUAUCACAUGUGACAGACAUGAUGUCGCGAAUGCAGAUAUUAUCGACCCUCAAGACAAAUACAAGAUCAAUGAUCGAGCCAAUUAUGUCUGCAAGGACGGUUACGAAGGAGAGUUUUAUCUCACCUGUGGAGAAAAUGGUUGGAGCGGAUCCUCACGAUGUAGAGAGAAAAAGUGUAAAAAACAAGACAUCAGAGAAGCAGACAUUAUCCACAAUGAGAGGGAAAGUUACAGCCACGGUGAAAGAGUCCAGUACGGCUGCAGGAAAGAUGUCGAGAUAAGUUUCACUAUCGUCUGUGACAAAGGUGUUUGGACCGGGAUUCAGAGCUGCCCAGAUUGUCCGAAAGCUGAAGUUCCUCAUGGAUUUGUUGCCGGUCCGUACGGUGACAAACUGUACUACACCUGUGAUGAAGGUUAUAAGCUUCUCACCAACGGCUGGUGGGCUGAGGCUGAGUGUCAUGGUGGCCUGUGGUCUGGACUUGAUCUAUGCAUCGAGAACAACACAUGUGGAGAAGUGCCUGUGAUCUCUAACGGGGAGGUGGGGUCUCUAAAUAGUCAUCAUGCAGACGGCCAAAGUGUCACGAUUACUUGUAAGAAGGGAUUCACCGGCCAGGUGGAGAGCUUCACCUGUCACGAUGGAGAAUGGAAUUCAGAAGGACUGUCACUCACAACAAUCUGUGCACCUGAUGCCGAGCUCUGCAGCCCUCCACCGAAGGUUCAAAACGCUGUUGUUGUGGGUUUGUAUCAGAGGAAGUUCUUGUCCGGCUCUGAAGUGACGUAUCAGUGCCGGGACAAUUACCAGAUGGAGGGAGACGCCGCGAUUAGAUGCAACGAUGGGAAUUGGGAGAUGCACAACAUCACGUGUGCACCCCAACAGUGCCCAGUGAUCCACGUGAGCAACAACGUGCAGGUGAUCGGGGACCCGGAGGAAGCAAACGUUGGCAACGUUGUUCGAUUCAGCUGCAAGUCCAACUCGGAGAUCCUGAGUGGGUCACAAGAGAUCUACUGUAAUGAAAAGGGAGAGUGGAGCGGAGAAGCUCCGACAUGUAAAGGGAAAGGUUGUCUGGUACCUGUGAUUGAAAAUGGCAGAGUGCCUGGAGACAUCCAAGAGUACAAGGAAGAUGACAUCCUGCCUUUCCAGUGCAAUCCUGGAUUCCAGCCCACUGAAGACAGACCCUCAAAGUGCACAAAACUCGGGUUAAGAGCCGAGUGGAGCCCCACUCCUGCAUGUGAACCAAACGCAGCGAUAACAUGCAAACUGCAACUGCCGUCACUCGAUGGAACCGAGUAUCACCCUUCUGACAAAAACGUGUUUUCACCUGGGGACAGAGUCACAGUGACAUGUGGACAGAGACACUGGAUUUCUGACCCCCUGCGAACAUCAGCAGUGGUCUCAUGCCAAAAUGAUGGACAGUGGUCUCUCAGCCCCAUAUGCCAAGAGGUUACAUGCAGCAAUCGACGAGAUCCGCUCGUGGAUUGGUGGGACAACAACUCUGGACAACAGAUGAAAUUGGGGGAUGAGGUUAGAUAUCAGUGCAAAAGAGGCUACAAGAGAACGGGUGGUGCCACCAGGGCCACGUGCACCAGAGAGGGCUGGAAACCAGAUCCAUUGUGUCAAGCCCCUGUGCUCCCUCAGGAGACACACACACACAAAUUCAGCUCAGAAAACAGCUGGACUCGGCACAGCCGCACCACUGAAAUGCGACUGUCUCUAAUUCUUGUGCUGCUCCAGUUGUGGGGCAACGUGGAGGUUUCUCUGUCACAGAAUGCAUGUCCCGAGCCCCCAGUCGUUCCUCACGCCAGCGCCACAGACGAGACCAAAAGAGCCGAGUACCUACAAGGACACGUGAUCCAUUUCACAUGUGAAACUGGUUAUAUAUCAGGUCCAACCAUCAGAUAUAUGUGCUCGAGCGACGGCUGGAUAGCCAUUCACGAGGGACCAUGCUACUUGAAGCCAUGUCAACUUCCUGACGACACUCCCAACGGCUACUAUCAGAUUACCCACGGCGACGAAUUUGUUUUCGGAGCAACCAUCAAAUACUUCUGCAAUGAAGGGUAUCAAAUGGUGAGCAAGGUGGACACGCGCACCUGUUAUCUGGACAAAUGGACCAAUCAUGUGCCAGUAUGUGAUCCUCUGAGCUGUGAGCCCCCUGCGGAUGGAGAGAUCACAGUCAUAGGUUUACCAGAGAACGACGGUCCCAUACUUCCUGACCGCUUCCUCAAAAUUAGCUGCAACAGUGGGAAAUAUCUGAACGGCAGCGCGAUGCUGAUAUGUGGGAAAGACGGACAGUGGAAUCAUCCGGUCCCCACUUGUGAAGACAUCACUUGUGAAGUCGGAGAGAUGCAUCCUAGUCUCAGGGCAUAUGGAUUAUCACCAGGAAAUAAAACACUGAAGAUUGGACAUAAGUUAAAAUUUCACUGUGACGAUGAGUACAUUCUGGAAGGUUCUGGACAAAUCGAGUGUUUAGAGACUGGGCAGUGGAGCGCCCCCUUUCCAACUUGCUCUGACACAUGUAAAUUCACAGGAGCCCCACUGAACGUGAACGUCCACGUCCACAUUCCAGGCAAUCUACUAACACCAGGACAAAAGUUGAUGUUUUCUUGCCGCCUGCGUGGUCACACUCUUCGGGGCAAAUCAGAAGUUGAAUGUUUGGCAAAUGGACGGUGGAGUGAUCACUUUCCAACAUGUGGAGCUCCUCUGGAUUGUGAGCAACCACCGCCUCUUGCAAAUGGAGACACCAAGAACUCUAUGAAGUUCAGCUACAGACAGAAUGAAAGGGUUGAAUACAUCUGUCAGAAUUACUACAUCAUGCAGGGAGGACCCUUGAAAACGUGCAACAACGGUGAAUGGACCGGAGAGAUAAUAUGCCUCAAACCCUGCACUGUGGAUGAAGAAGCUAUGAGGGGACGUAACAUUAGGUUCAGAUACGGCCGAAAGGAUAAACUGUAUGCAACCCACAGUGAAGAGAUCGAGUUCAGCUGCACCAGAGGAAGAACUGUCGGCUCCUGGGGGAUGCGUCAUAUGUGCCUCGACGGCGUGCUGUACCUGCCCUCGUGCCAAUUUCCUUCUGUGUAUUAUAGUGUUGCAGUCUCCAGUUUCUUCUUCUGUUUGGCAGUUCAGGGUAAUGAGGAUAAAAUGCACGUAAUAACCAGAAGCUGUGUCCUAUUUUUCUGGAUGCACACGCUGACCUUCGUCAAAAGUCAAGAACCUCUCCCAGAUUGUACACUUCAAGAUUUUCUAAAUGGGCCCUUGUUUGAUUCCAAUUUCGACACAACUGGUCUGGAGGCCAGUUACGUCGCCGGGAGACAAAUAAGAGUGACCUGCAGUACUGGUUACAGUGGUUUUUUCCAACUGCUCUGUAUCGAGGGUAAAUGGCAGUCGAGAGGCACGAAAUGUCAACCCCAACAGUGCCCAGUGAUCCACGUGAGCAACAACGUGCAGGUGAUCGACCCGGAGGAAGCAAACGUUGGCAACGUUGUUCGAUUCAGCUGCAAGUCCAGCUCGGAGAUCCUGAGUGGGUCACAAGAGAUCUACUGUAAUGAAGGAGAGUGGAGCGGAGAAGCUCCGACAUGUAAAGGGAUAAAUUGUCCGGUACCUGUGAUUGAAAAUGGCAGAGUGCCUGGAGACAUCCAAGAGUACAAGGAAGAUGACAUCCUGCAUUUCCAGUGCAAUCCUGGAUUCCAGCCCACUGAAGACAGACCCUCAAGAUGCACAAAACUCGGGAUCAGAGCCGAGUGGAGCCCCACUCCUGCAUGUGAAUCGGUAACAUGCAAACUGCAACUGCCGUCACUCCAUGGAACCGAGUAUCACCCUUCUUACAAAAACGUGUUUUCACCUGGGGACAGAGUCACAGUGACAUGUGGACAGAGACACUGGAUUUCUGACCCCCUGCGAACAUCAGCAGUGGUCUCAUGCCAAAAUGAUGGACAGUGGUCUCUCAGACCCAUAUGCCAAGAGGUUACAUGCAGCAAUCAACGCGAUCCGCUCGUGGAUUGGUGGGACAACUACUGGAGACAACAGAAGAAAUUGGGGGAUGAGGUUAGAUAUCGGUGCACAACAGGCUACAAGAGCACGGGUGGUGCCACCAGGGCCACGUGCAACAGAGCGGGCUGGACACCAAAUCCAUUUUGUGAAGCUAUCACAUGUGACAGACAUGAUGUCACGAAUGCAGAUAUUAUCGACCCUCAAGACAAAUACAAGAUCAAUGAUCGAGCCAAUUAUGUCUUCUUCAAAUUCUUGCAAAACACUCACAGAGAAGGACCCGAGGCGGAGCCGGAGUUCAAACCGGUGACACAGGGCGGUGCACUACCGCACCCCCCAUGGGACACCUAA